AUGAACAUAUUGGAAGGACUUUACCCAUUUGGGUUGUUGAAGGUUUUGUUUAGUGUGUGGAAGUGGAUUCACGUCGAGCGGCCCCAACCACCACCAUUAGCUCAGCCUUCUGCCGCCACCGCAACCACCACAGAAGGACGACGCCUCACCCGAUCGGACCACACCCACCGCCGCCAUCGUGAAGGAUUCAAUCCCUUAACCUCAACUUUCACCAGAAACAUCUCAACGAUACGCAUCGGCCUCCGCCAGCACCACCGGACGAAAUCAAGAAGUUCACAAUUCUCUAUGGAGCAGAAAAAUCCAAGACCAGCAUCCUCCGAAGAAUUCGCGGACACGGGUCCCAAAUUCUCUUUUAUGGCUGUGAGAGAGAGAACUGUGAAAAAAAAAUCCAUGAAAUCUCUAUUCAAAUCACCGAUAAAAUUCCAUGGACGAUCAGGUUUGGCGUUCGGACCGACAAAGGUGGCAUCUCAGAUUUUUAGCGUCGCGAUGGAUAUCAAAGGGGCUGCAAAAGUCAAAAUUCGGUGCUUUCCGUGGGCUUGGUGCAGUUCGUUUUGUUCUGCGAUGAAAAACGGCACUGGCAUCGCUGAGCAUGCCAAGGUAGGUGAAAACAAUGGUGCACCACUGAAGUCGUUGCUGAGGCAGGAUGUUUGCCAGGAAAACUUCCCUAAGGCAGUAGAUAGAAAUAUUGAAUUAAGUGGGACCUUGAAGGAGAAUAAUAAGGAUGAUUCAGACGAAUGGAUUCACGCCAUACCUACAUAUGGACUUGAUAAUGGAUUGUAUUCCAAAUAUCGACAAGGGAAAUCAUAUUUAUACACUUGCAAUACAGAGAAAUCCUACACUGAAGUCCAGGAAAUCAUCCUUGCUAGAUACAAUAAGAUUUUUGGUUGGUCUCUCAAGGCCAAAAUAAUGGGUAAGAAGGCAUUAGAAGCUGCUCUAAUUUUUGUGGAAGAGACUGGAAUCAGUGACUCGCUCUCAACUGAAGAGUUUCUUGUAGAGAGAAAAGAUAUGCUGCGAAGUUUAUUCCCCACGUGCGAACUCAUGCCAGAUACAGUUAUGUGCUUAGAACUGUUUGAGCUACAAUAG